AUGAACGCCUUUGUCGACCGCUUCGCGAACUCCUCUUCCGUCCCUGGCGUCCAAAUGCGCUCGCGCGACGCCGUCCCUGCCGACAGCGACGACCUGGACAACGGGCUCGUCCUCUCCGCAUGGGGCUCCGAGGCGGGCUUUGGCAACAUCGCGCAGGGCGCGCCAACGUUCAGUAUGCCGCUGGUAAUCGACCCUGCAGCAUUUCUACGGCUGCACACGGACGACCACGCCGACCCGAGCUGCCGCAUCAAGCUCGCGCACGGGACGACGACGAUCGCGUUUAAAUACCAGGGCGGGGUCAUUGUUGCUGCCGAUGCGAGGGCGACUAUGGGGAGCUACAUUGGAUCCGGAACGGUUAAGAAGAUUAUUGAAAUCAACCCGUACCUCCUGGGCACGAUGGCUGGUGGAGGAGGCGACUGCUCCUACUGGGAGACAUACCUUGGUAUGCACUGCAGACUGCACGAACUGCGUAACCACGAGCGCAUCUCCGUCGCUGCUGCGAGCAAGUACCUGAGCAACCUGCUAUACAGCUACAAGGGCACGGGUUUGAGUGUCAACACGCCUCUCAUUUUUGCGUCCCAGGGACCAGCGGUAUACUACGUCGACGCCGACGGCACACGCAUGAAAGGCGACCUCUUCUCCGUCGGCUCGGGCAGCACGUUCGCGUACGGCGUGCUCGACCAGGGCUACCGCUCCGACCUCUCCGACGCGGAAGCAUACGAGCUCGCGCGGCGGAGCAUCCACGCAGCGGGCCACCGCGACGCGUUCUCCGGUAACCAGUGUAACGUGUAUCAUGUGAAGCAGGACGGGUGGACGUUUAUUGGGAACUAUGAUCUUUCGGAGCUGCACUACGAGGGGGUGGGGAACAGUGGAGGAUACGGGUACGAGAUGCGGACGGCGGGCCAGUCCUCGUCUGAGUAA